AUGGAGGAAGAGUUCUGGAUUUUUCGACUCUCAGAGUUGAACGAGUCUACCAAAACUAUCUUCGAUAUGAGCAGAGCUGUUAGCACUGAUCCUGAUGAAGAAGCAACGAUAAAGUGCUUACAAGGUGGUGCGCGUACUAUUUUCUUUAGUGAUGAUCAUGAGGGAAUGAUUUCGGUGAGAGAAUCGGGCAUUGAGACAGAUACCGGGCGCGCAACAAUGGAAGAAAGGUACGACAACCAAUUAAUAAAGCCUCUCCUCCUUGGAAAAGCAAACAAAUAA